AUGACGCUCGCAGCAUGGACGGCACGCGCCCAGCUCUCCUGCCCCACCGCAGAUUCCGAUGGAAGCUCCGAGGGCACGGGCCCGAUGCCGCUCGUGGCAGGGGGCGUCCCCGCGGAGGCCUGCCGCUACCCCUACAUGGCCUCUUUAAGUAACAAGAACUACGGCGGGGCGCACAUUUGCGGCGGCACGCUCGUGCACGAGUCCUGGAUCCUGACCGCCGCCAGCUGCGUGGACAAGCGGUUCUCCAACAGGGACUUCGCCAGCCCGGACGCGUCCCUCAACGGCCUGCGGCAGGGCAUGCCGGAGACGUUCCAAGAGAACAUCCCGACUGUAGAAGCUGAUCUUCAGAUUCAUCCGGAAUACGAUGGGGACCCUGUCUCUGGCUACAAUGUAGCACUCCUAAGGCUGGAAUCUCCAUCAAAGCAGCCCCCCAUCAAACUGAUUGCACCAGAUGAGGGUCUGGAGGCAGGGGAGUUGGUUGGCCUGAUAGGCUGGGGACGAUCCGGAGGCACUGGUGCAUUUGCAUCAACACUGUUAGAGGCAACUGACGUGGAGCUCGAAGGUCCGGACGUCUGUGCCGACUUUGGUGCCAAGGACACGGCAAAGGUGUUUUGCGCAGGUGCUGGGGACCACGCAUUCUGUCAAGGUGCGGGAUGGUAA